AUUCGUUCUGCGCGUCUAGUCCGUUAAGAAACCGACAAUGUUGCUUUCUUUAUCAGCUAUUUUAUUAAUUAGUGCAAUUAGCGCAUUGCCAGUAAAUGAUAAUGAUUUAAUUGCAAUGUUAGAUUACGUAGAUUUCAAUAACAAUAUAGAUGAAGAUGGAUAUACCAUUGAUAUAUCAGACCUCGGCCCACAGGCGUAUGGUUUUCCGAAAAACGAUAGUGGGGAUGCAGUAACGCAGUGGACAGAGGCGUCCCUCGAGAACCCAGAGGAAGUCAGCGGCUACUUGCAGGGGGAUAUCCUCAUACCGACGCAGGCCAGAAACGGCGUCAAGGGCAAGACCUGGCGCUGGAAGAAUGGCAUCAUCCCCUACCAGAUUGACAGCGGAUUCAGCUCUGAGCAGCGGGACACCAUCCGCAAGGCCAUCGCGGACUACCACCGGCUGACGUGCCUGCGCUUCGUGCCCCACAGCGGCCAGACCGACUACCUCGUCAUCAAGAGCGCCCAGUCUGGCUGCUGGUCCAGCGUGGGCCGGAUCGGUGGUAGACAGGAAGUGAACCUGCAGGCGCCGGGCUGCGUCUCGAAGAAGGGCACUGUGCUGCACGAGCUGCUGCACGCGGUGGGCUUCAUGCACGAGCAGAGCCGGCCCGAGCGCGACGACUUCGUCACCAUACAGUACGGCAACAUCAAACCUGGUACGGAGAUAAACUUCAAAAAGUCAGAGAAAAAGAACACGGAUGACUUUGGUGUCGGCUAUGACUACAACAGUGUGAUGCACUACUCGGAGUUCGCCUUCUCCAGGAAUUCGCAGCGGACCAUCGAGCCUAAGGUGCAAAAUGCGAAAAUAGGACAAAGAGAAGGUUUGAGUCGUGGAGAUGUGAAGAAAGUAAACAAUAUGUAUAACUGCAAGAAAGAAGAGCCUCAAAGCGGAUGGCUGGGAUCCAUUUGGCAAAACCUCUUCGGGGAUAAAAGAACUGCAUACACAGACUAACUUAAAUCUUACCAAGUUGCGACACCUGCUUUGAAAUAUGGACGAACAACAAAUAGUUAUUAUCUUAUGUCCUACCUAUACUAUCUCGAAGGGGCAUAGUUUAAACAUGGUUUAAGCGCGUCUCUCUAUCUUUAUAUUUAUAGUG